CCCUCCCACGUCUGCCAGCAGAAAGGGAGCUGAAGACCGUCAACACAUUUUAUGACGAAGCAGCACUUUUACACUAAAGUCGUCCGGUUUCUCUCUCGGUGUCAGUAUGUAAAACGGAGCUGUGGGUCCGGUGCUCGUCUUCAGUGCCUCAGUUGCAGCAGUCCUUCAAGCCUCUUUGCCCUCGUAUGUGCUUACAGUCCUCUUCCUCGUUGAUGGACGCUGGACUAACUUUAACAACGAGGUGGGGAAACCGCGAGAGUGCCAGACAGAGGCUUCCCGUCACUUGUUGCCGCUCAGGACCAGGAGCACAGCGAAGGAGAGCCGCUACUUGAGCCAUGAUGCUGGAGACGGAGAGUAAAGAGGCUCCAGCUGCUGAGAGCAACCAGGCACAGGUCACAGCGGGACACGUGUCAACGAACACGCUGCAGGUACCCGGUGGAGCAUCCGUGUCUCCGCCCGUGGCCCUCAUACACUCUCACUCUCCUGCCCCCCCGGCAACCGAGGAUGAGGAUGAGAGUGAGGACGAGUCAGACAUCUUGGAGGAAAGUCCCUGUGGCCGUUGGCAGAAACGCAAAGAGGAGGUGAAUCAGCGUAAUGUACCCGGGAUAGAUGCUGCGUACUUGGCUAUGGACACAGAGGAGGGUGUGGAGGUAGUUUGGAAUGAAGUCAUGAUCUCGGAGAGGAAGAACUUCAAACUGCUGGAGGAGAAAGUCAAGGCUGUAUUUGAUAACCUGAUCCACUUGGAACAUGCAAAUAUUGUCAAGUUUCACAAAUACUGGGCUGACACAAAGGAGAACCGGGCAAGGGUGAUUUUCAUUACAGAAUAUAUGUCAUCUGGAAGCUUGAAGCAGUUCCUGAAGAAGACUAAGAAGAAUCACAAGAGUAUGAAUGAAAAGGCUUGGAAGAGAUGGUGCACUCAGAUCCUGUCUGCUCUCAGUUAUCUCCACUCAUGUGAUCCACCCAUCAUCCAUGGCGACCUGACCUGCGACACCAUCUUCAUUCAGCACAAUGGGCUCAUCAAGAUCGGAUCAGUUGCUCCAGACACUAUUAACAGCCAUGUGAAGACCUGUCAAGAGGAACAGAAGAACAUGCACUUCUUUGCUCCAGAAUAUGGAGCUGUUGAGGAUGUCACUACUGCAGUAGACAUUUACUCAUUCGGCAUGUGUGCAUUAGAGAUGGCGCUCCUGGAGAUCCAGGGGAAUGGAGAGUCCUAUAAUGUUUCUCAGGAGGCCGUAAACAAUGCGAUACAGUUAUUGGAGGACCCACUGCAGAGGGAGUUAAUCCAGAAGUGCCUCGAGCGUGAUCCUAUAACAAGACCUACAGCCAAAGAGCUGCUGUUUAACCAGGCUCUGUUUGAAGUACCUCAGCUAAAACUGCUCGCUGCACAUUGUAUUGUCAGCCACCAACAUACGAUACCUGAAAAUGCCCUAGAGGAGAUAACCAAGAACCUGGACCCCAACCUGGUCAUUGCUGAGAGUAAAGAGGGUGUUAAGCUCAAGCUUUCACAGUUUCCUGCUUUAGAACUUGAUAAAUUCCUGGAGGAUGUCAGGAAUGGUAUUUAUCCAAUGACGGCGUUCGGGCUGCCCUGUCCUCAGCGGCCUCAACAGGAGACGGUUCAAUCUCCUGUCGUCGUCCCCUUGGUCAAAUCCCCAACCCCUGAACCUGCAGAGCUCGAGACACGACGGGUCAUUCAAAUGCAGUGUAAUGCUGAACCUGUGGAGGAGGGUGCAAGGUUUCAUCUAACAUUACUGCUGAAACUGGAUGAUAAACUGAACAGACAUCUCAGCUGUGACAUGCUACCCAAUGAAUCUGGUCAAGAGCUGGCUGAAGAGUUGGUGCAGCUGUGCUUCAUCAGUGAGUUGGACCAAAACAAAAUAGCGUGUCUGCUAGAAGAAAGUUGCAUUCAAGCUAUUCACUAGCAAGGGUUUCCUCAACCAUGUUUCCUUCUAAGUACAAUCUUUCAACCCUGUUACACACUUUGUUUAUUAAUACUCAACUCAGUCACCAUAACGUUAUCUUUUUUUUGUUUGGUUUUUUGCACUGUCUUAUAUACUGAGCUGGAGUUUGCAAUGUGACCAAAACUCCAGGGUUUUCCUUGGAAUAGGGGAUUAAUGCUUCCUAAAACCACACUUAACCUUUCACCCUUUCCUGUAGAGCCAGUUUUACUCCAAAGCCACUGAGAGCGAUCUCACAUAUACUCUAUAUAAAUGGAUUCAGGGGCGUUGAAGCAGGGUUUAUAAAGCAGGCAAUUGCGUGGGGCCCAUGAACUGAGAGCGGCCCCUGACUACAGCUGAAUUUAUUAGUCCACAAUUAUUACAAUUUUGUGAGGUUUGGUUCAGUAUAAGGCCCCCAGGUCCCUUGAAACACUCCUCCAUAGAUCGGAUUCUUUUGAAUGAGCUAACUCUGAUCUUUGCUGUUAAGUUAAUUUAAAAGGUAAACCUCAAUAAAGCUGCAACACACUUGAUCACAACAAAACGGUCUAGAUUACUUUAGUGAGAGGUGUUUAUUUUGUAAUCGAUUUUGUAUUGUCCGGUCUGUCUGGUCUAAAACAUCAUAACUGAUUGAGGCCUUCACUGGAGUCACACCACUCAACUAACACACCACUCAACUGGUUUACUACAUUUUAAUAGUUGGACCUCACGUUUUGACCAGCAGCAAAACUGUGACUCCCCUAGAAAUACAGAGACCCAUUCUAUCCAAAGAAAAUGUACAGAUUAAAGCCAAUCAUCUCUGUUCAUCCAUUCUCACUUGCCCCUCUGCCUUGGCUCUUUUUUAUUACCUUGUACAACAUAACAUUCCCAGCUCUUUGGCUUUUGUGACGUGUUGGACCAAACUAUCACCUAUCAAAUUAGAUGUAUAGAAACUGGAUUGCAAAGCUGGAAAUAACAUUGCUAUUUUUUUAAUAGAUAAAUACCUGGGGUCAAUAUUUUUAAAAAGCCUCUGAUACGGAACAAAAUGUAUGUGCAUUGCUGCAUACCACAUUCUGGCAAGGCGUCUUGCCAGCUCUCUCUGGAAGAUGGUUACUGUGAGGUACUGUGAACUCAGUGUUACUGAAUUUUUGUUUGUGUCUUUGUUUUUCUUAUUGCGCUCCACUGUUUGCCUUAAUGUGGGUGGCCUACACAGAUGCCUUAAAGUUCUCGUUUCUUUUUGGUUUUUACCCUUAUUAUUCUUUUAUUGACUGUUUUACCAUUUGCUGCUUUUUGGGUUCACACAUGUUACUCUGCCUAAAACUCAUUCACAUGUGACGUGUGUAGUGAACUUGGCUGCCAUAUGCUGCAGAGAGAGAACCUGGCCCUUCCUGUUACAUCUCCGUGAUAAUGUCAUGUUUUAUUCAUGUUACAGAUACUGUAUAUCAUAUUAUUCUUUACACACGUUCCCAUUUUUUAAAUGUGGUAUCAUAUGGAAAACUACAUUGUUUUUUGAGCCCAUAAACAAUUUGUCUUGUUUCAUAACAGAGCAUUAGAUUCAAGUGCGAUAUAGAGGAUUUACAUCAUCCUUCACAAAGUGCUAUGAUCUUUAAUACAUAAUUUAGCAUAAUACAGACCUGGUUUAGAUCAAGGAGUUUUCUGAUGCCUAUUACUGACAUUUUGGCUCAGAACUCUUUGUGCAUUACUGGUACUACUGUGUCUGGAUGCUCACACAGUUCCACAUCUAACAGGCAGUAAGAAUGUAAAGAAAAUCUAGUGUUCUGAAUUUGUGUAGAAAAGCAACCGUUAAGAUAUUACUUCUCUUGUCCUGAUAUUUUCCUUUAGUGACAUUUUAAAAUGUCCUCUCCCUCUCCCUGCUUAACUGAAAACCUCCGUACGAGCUUUCAAACAGAGCUUUCCUUUUAAGCUGGAUUUUGAUAUAUAUACAGUGAAAUCACUGAAAUAUUAAUCCAAUGACCUCCACUCAUGUAUUUCUGAAGUGCUCUUUUUGUAUGUAUUCAGGUAUCUUUGUGCUUUAAUGUGCUUUUUUUCCUGCACAUAAAUGUCUAGUCCAUGCUCAAUGCAUUGUUUACUCUGUUCUCCUGUGUUUGAACUGCUAAGAUUGUAAAUCCCAAAGAUAUGUCCUAAAACUAGCCAGUAGAAUGUAAAUGCACCACUCCUGGUGUAGAGAAGUGGUGAAAACCAACAAUGUGACCUGAGCAGCUUUACUCUGACUGUCUUGGCUCCGUCUCUUUCUCUCUCUGUACCAUCUUUUCCACCAAAAUGAUUGGUGCUGCUGAAACUGGUAAUUAAAUUAUCGUUGGUGUGUGAUGGGCAGCUUAAGCCUGUUACUCCAGGGUUUGAGCUUUUGUUUUUUUUGGAUGUUGUAAUAUUUUGUAUUUGACAUGGAUGUGAGUAAAUGUAAGUCUUUUCUGAGACUUGCAUCCUGCAAGGUGUGACACUUUCAAAUAAAUGUGUAAAUUGCU